UCCGCCGCUGUGUUCCCGCUACUUCUGUAGCCUCUACACUCUACCCUCUAGCGACAUUGCAGAGAAUACAUGACAAGGUGGCAAUUCAGUGAGCAUUUCCUGAGGCUUGGUGGUAGAGGUUAGUCGACGUCGCCAAUGGCGUUCAGGUUAGCUCAUCGCCAUUUUUCUCUGGUGUCCUAUUCCUUUUUUAAAAUACGCUUCUUAUCCUACGCAUCCGAUUUUAACGAGCCCCUCCAAAACGAAGAGACGGAACUAAGGUUUUCAGAAACCCUAAAGCCCGCGCUUCCUUCUCUCCAGAUAUCCAAAGACGUAGACAUGGUUUCCAGAAUCUUAAUCGAACAGCAUAAUCCUUUUCAUACCAUGGAAUCCUCUCUACAACUUAAUGGCAUUAGAGUUUGUACUCAUCUGGUUCACCAAACUCUAAUUCGACUAAGAAAUGUCUCAAAGAUCGCAUUAGGAUUCUUCAUUUGGGCAAAAGAUCAGGCGAAUUACCGGCAUGAUGCCGUCGCCUAUGAUCUGAUGAUUGAUAUAUUAGGAAAAGUACGCCAAUUCGAUGUCGCUUGGCAAUUAAUCAUUGAAAUGGAUCAGCUGAAUCUGAGACCCACUUCAAAAACUUUUGGCAUCUUGAUUCGUAGAUUAAUAGCUGCAGGUCUUACUCGUCAAGCAAUUCGUGCCUUUGAUGACAUGGAAAAUUUCAUAGAGAGAGAAGCGGAUGGAGAAGAUUUCCGCUACCUUCUUGAUACGCUUUGUAAAUACGGAUAUGUGAAGGUUGCUACGGAGAUCUUUAAUAAAAGGAAAUUUAAAUUUGAACCCGAUGCUAAAACUUAUACAGUUCUGAUUUACGGUUGGUGUAAGCUGAACAAACUCCAAAUGGCCGAAAAAUUCUUUAGGGAAAUGGCGGAUCGUGGAUUCGAGCCAAACAUCGUUACUUAUAAUGUUCUCUUAGAUGGAAUCUGUCGGAGAUCAAGUUUGCAUCCUGAAGCCCGAUUUGAGAGAACCAUUCGAGCAGCAGAGAACUUGCUUGAUGAAAUGCAUAGGAAAGGAAUAGAACCUGAUGUCACAAGCUAUUCUAUUGUUCUCCAUGUUUAUAGUCGGGCCCAUAAACCAGACUUGUCUCUUGAUAAGAUAAAUUUGAUGAAAGACAAAGGAAUUUGUCCUACAAUAGCAACGUAUACAUCCGUCAUUAAAUGCCUUUGCUCCUGUGGUAGACUACAAGAUGCAGAAGAACUGCUUAAGGAAAUGGUGGCUAAUGGAGUAAGCCCAUCUGCUGCCACUUAUAACUGUUUCUUUAAGGAAUACAGAGGGAGGAAGGAUGCGGAUAGUGCUUUGAAACUUUAUAGGAAGAUGAAGGAUGGAUCUUCUUGCAUGCCUAGCAUGCACACAUAUAACAUCUUAGUGGGAAUGUUUUCAAAACUAGAUCAGAUGGACAUUGUACGAGAGAUAUGGGAUGACAUGAAAGAGAAUGGAGUUGGGCCAGAUUUGGAUUCCUAUACAUUAUUGAUUCAUGGGUUGUGUGACAAGAAGAAGUGGAGAGAUGCUUGCCAUUUCUUCGUGGAAAUGAUAGAAAAGGGUUUUCUUCCACAGAAGAUUACAUUUGAGACUCUCUACCGAGGUCUCAUACAGUCUGAUAUGUUGAGAACUUGGAGAAGAUUGAAGAAGAAGCUUGAGGAAGAGUCUGUAACAUUUGGUUCUGAAUUUCAGCGUUAUCAUUUCAAACCUUAUAGGAGGUGAUAUGCCAAUUGCCAAGGGUAUUGACUAUUGAGUUAAGAAAAACUUCUGAGUUAUAAGUUUUUGCCCCAUGGGCCAUGUUAUCACUCCAAAUUCAACUCUGAUGCCAAUGGUGGAUAUGAUGAAGGAUUCAGUCAAUUUUUAAGUUGCACUCAGAUCCUGCGACGUGGAUGACAUAUGAUGUCUAAAUCCACUCAAGGUGGAGAUGGUGCUGGUGCUGUACAGUUAAGAAAUGCAAUAACGCAAAGAAAUAUUUUAAAAAGUAAGAAGGAUGAAAAGUUGUAUGGGAUUAACCUCAAUUAUGACGCUGGAAGUUGCAGCAAUCAUCUCCUUUCUCAGCCGCAACAAGCUCAGAAUAAAGAAGAUUUAUUCUCUCAAGAAAGCCUUUGGAUGCCUCAAUCGCCUUUGAAGGAGGAACGGAGCAAUUCCAGUCUCCAGAGAGGGGUUUCUCCUUGUAUCCAUCGCCCAAAAGUUUCUCAACUCAUUCCGGGUGUUCUGUUCAAAACCAACAUUGUUGAAUUACUAUGUUUGAUCUCCCCCUGUAAACCACGGUAACUCAGGAAGAAAAACGUAUUGCACAUUUGCACCUUCCCUGCCAC